AUGAUUUCACUUUUCGACUGCUGCUCUCGCGGCAACGUUGCCGUCGAAUCCCCCAGGAACGCCAUUGAGGCCCACCGUCGCGUUCUCAUUGACGCCGGUAUCAGCGCCAGCUCCAUUACCAACAUCGACGUCGGUCACUACCAGGUGUUGGAGCCUGUCACUCAGACCAAGGUCGUCGAGGUUGAGAAGGAGAUUAUCGAGGAGAAGAUCGUCGAGGUCCCUGAAAUUCAGUACGUCGACAAGUACGUUGACGUCGAUGUGCCCGUUGUCAAGUACAAGCCGGUGUACGUGAAGAAGGAGGUCGUCGUCGAGAAGUUCAAGCACGUGCCCCGCGUUGUGUACGAGGACAAAAUCGUCGAGGUCCCCCAGAUCAAGUACGUCGAGAAGGAGGUCGAGGUGCCUCAGGUUGUCGUUAAGGAGAAGAUUGUGGAGGAACCCAAGAUCAUGAUUGUCGAGCACGUCAUCCCCGUCCUUAAGGUCAAGAAGGCCGACCACGCCACCGACAUUGACAACGCUGGUCAGCAGUACUUGGAUGAGAACAUGCCCUCCACUACCUACGUCGAAGCCGAAGGCAUUGACAAGGUUGCUGACAGGGCUGCCUGCUGCACCGUUGGUUAA